CCUCUGAUCUUCUUCGGAUUCUGAAGUCCAAACAGAAUCUCUCUCCUAUAACGGAGAAAACAAACAUUUCUCGCCAUCAAAUUCUACAAAUCCUGAAAUGGAAAUUUCUCAAUGGAUAAACAAUCACCAUCGUUCCGUUUGCUCCACUUCUCUCAACUCUUCAUCCGCCCUCCGCUCCAAAUUUCGAGAAUCGAGAAUCGUAGAACACGAUGGCGAAAGAGCCCGUUUGCGUGACCGGAGCCAACGGAUUCAUCGGAUCGUGGGUGGUCCGUACGCUUCUGGAGGCCGGCUACACCGCGAUUCACGCCUCCAUCUUCCCCGGCUCGGAUCCAUCCCACUUGAUUGAUCUCCAGGCCGCGGCGAGCUCUAAUUCGAAGGUUAGGGUUUUCGAAGCGGACGUGAUGGACGGGGAGGCCGUGGCUAGGGCUGUGGAAGGGUGUAGGGGCGUGUUCCACAUCGCGUCGACGUGCACGCUGGAGGAUCCGAAGGAUCCGCAGAGAGAGCUGGUGGAGCCGGCGGUGAAUGGAACUUUGAAUGUUCUUGAUGCGGCGAAGAAAUUGGGAGUGAGGCGCGUUGUUCUUACAUCUUCGAUUUCGGCUCUGGUUCCGAAUUCGGUGUGGCCCAAGGACAAGGCCAUCGAUGAAUCUUCGUGGACCGACUUGGCAUACUGCAAAUCCCGCCAGAAAUGGUAUCCAGUGUCCAAAACAUUGGCAGAAAAAGCAGCAUGGGAGUUUGUAGAGAAGCAUGGAAUAGAUGUAGUUUCAAUUCUGCCAGCCACAUGUCUUGGUCCUCUUCUGCAGCCUAAUCUCAAUGCAAGCUGUGCAGUAUUGCAGCAGCUGCUCCAAGGAUCAAAGGAUAGCCAGGAAUAUCACUGGUUGGGCGCUGUCCAUGUCAAAGACAUUGCAAAAGCACAAGUUUUACUGUUUGAGACCCCCUCUGCUUCUGGUAGAUAUCUUUGCACCAAUGGCAUCUAUCAAUUUGCUGAUUUUGCACACAAAGUCUCCAAAAUCUACCCUCAAUUCCCAGUUCACAGGUUCGUGGGGGAAACACAGCCGGGCUUGGUUGCCUGCAGAGAUGCAGCCAAGAGGUUGAUUGAACUGGGACUUGUUUUCACUCCUCUUGAAGUUGCCAUUAGAGAUACGGUGGAGAGCCUGAGAAGCAAAGGCUUUCUGCAGUAGGGAAAAUUACAGAAUUGUAGGAUGUUUCUUUUCAAAUAUGAUCUGAAUAAGUUGAGCUAGAGGCAAGAUAAGAGUUUCUUUUAAAAAAAUAAUGAGGACUGUGAAUUUUUCGAUAGUAUAGGGAUAGGUACUUGCCCACUAUUCAGAACUUAAAUAUUUUCGAUCAUUUAGUGUGGUUUAGGUUUGAGUAAAAAUACUAAAGAGAUGAGAGGGUUCAAGCAUCUCAAAUUACUUGAUCGUGUUGUAGUUCUUUUAUCUUUUAUAUUUCUAUAUAGAUCCUAUAGGAGUGUUGAGGGCUUCAAAUAUUCGACCAGUACCACAAAGUUUGAGUUAUUAUUCUUGGCUAAUGAACUAAUGGUAAUGUGAGAAAUGAUUGGAGUGGGCAACUGUGUUUAGUGUGGUCUAAGUACCUCAAUUCAAUUACU